UAAAGUACUAUUUAUCUCUCUCAGAAAUAGCUAUCUUCCUCAUCUUUUACAUUCAUACUCCUCUGUAAACCGAAGCAACAACCAUGUCUGCAGAAGUCGGUGAUUCUGAUCCUGAUCCGGUGCAUGACGAAUCUAGACUCGAAAAAUACGAUUCUAGCUACUUUUUUUCCAAUUCUUCCAAGAAACCACAAAAUGAAGGGGUGGGUUCGGUUCCAUCCAUUGAAAUCCUUCCGGAUGAGUGUCUAAUCGAGAUCUUCACUCGCCUUUCGAUUGGACAAUCAACUAGUUCAUCUGCAUGUGUUUCCAAGCGUUGGCUUAAGCUCUUAAUCACCAUACGAAGUGCUGAAUUUCGCAUACAAGAAGAUGAGAAUGUUGAAUUCGGAGAUGAUGGAUAUCUCAGCAGAUCUUUAGAGGGGAAGAAUGCGACAGACAUUAGACUUUUCGCUAUUGCAAUAGGAGUCACGAGUCUAGGAGGACUUGGCAAGCUUAUGAUAGAAGGAAGCACUGAUUUGGUUAAUGGAGUUUCAGAUACGGGUCUUUCUGCAAUAUCUCACUAUUGUCAUUCUCUGAGAGUUCUUUCUUUAUGGAACACCCCUCUGGUGGGUGAUCAGGGGUUGUUGGCGAUUGCAAAUGAAUGUCCACUACUAGAGAAUAUUGAACUUUCUCACUGCACAAGGAUUUCUAACUAUGGCUUGGCUGCAAUUGCGGAGAAUUGCCCUAACUUGAUCUAUCUUACGAUCGAGUCAUGUCCUAGGAUAAACGAUCUAGGAAUCAUAAGUCUGGUUCAGUCGGCUUCAAGGCUAAGGAAGUUGAAGAUUCAUUCGCUAAGAAUAUCAGGCAUAUCCCUUGCUGCUAUUGGCUACUAUGGGAAGUCGUUAGACACAUUAAUCCUCGGCAGGCUUCCUUACGUGAGCCCGAAAGGGUUUUGGUUGAUGGGGAAGGGACCAGGCUUAAAGAAACUGGAAUCUUUAACGGUCAGUUCUUGUAGUUGGUUAACCAAUGCGGGUCUAGAAGCUAUAGGGGCAGGUUGUUCUAGUUUGAAGCAAAUAAAUCUUAAGAAGUGUUGGUUUGUCUCGGAUCAUGGUCUGGUGACUUUCGUGUUCACAUCUGGAUCUCUCAAAAGUGUGUUAUUAGAAGAAUGUCACGGAGUUACCCAAUAUGGGAUACUUUGUGUUAUAAUGAAAUUGAAAUCUCUGGUGAUCGUCAAGUGUAUGGGAAUCAAAGUACUACCUCUUAACAUGAACAUUUUCUCUUCGAAGAUUCGUUCGUUGUCUAUCAUAAACUGUCCCAGUUUUGGUAACAUCGGGUUGACAUGUCAUCGGUUAAGGAACAUUGAUUUCAGUGGCUCGAUUGGAAUAACCACCUCUGAUUUUAUGGCUAUUAUAAAACGAUGUACAUCUGGACUAGUUAAUGUGAAUCUAAGCGGUUGUUUGAACUUGACGGAUGGAGUGGUUUCAGCUAUGGCUUAUGACCAUGGUGGCACUCUCGAACAAUUGUAUUUGGAAGAUUGUCACGGUGUUAGUGAUUUAAGUGUGAUGGCGAUUGCUGAGGCGUGUAAGACGCUGAAUGAGCUGGAUUUAUCCAGGUGUUCGAUUUCUGAUUUUGGUAUUGCUGUUUUGGCAUGCAGAGCGGAGUUUAAUUUGCAGAUCCUUUCGUUGGCUGGAUGUUGCAAUGUUUCUGAUGAAUGUAUGCCCUUUUUGGGGAUGUUGGGGAAGAAUCUGGUGGGUUUGAAUCUCAAAAAUUGUAGUUCAAUUAGUACUGGGUGUUUAGAGCAACUAGUAGACACCUUGUGGAGGUGUGAAGUUCUUUCAUGAAGAGCACGACAGCAGCCAUCUGAGGUAAGAACAGACCGAGAUUUACCUAUGUUUAUGUAUGUUCCAACCAGUUAAGAAGUCAUCCGUCUUCU